UGGAGUGAUACUGAGUACGGACUAAAUCCACUUGGGUUUACAGUGAAAAUAUACCCUUUACAUUUUUCUAUACACUAAGGACUAUCUUGUGGCAGGUCUUGGCAGAUCGCCGCCGUAUGGACGAUGAGGAGGAUGAUGUGUUUGAGCCAGACUCCCACUGCUGGCGCACAGCCUUCAGGGAGAUAAAGUACGAGGACAGGGGAACCCAGACACCCAGCCCUGUCCUGCCACUGCCCAAUAAUAUGCUGCCCUGCGGGGUGGCCCAGGAGCCCAGACCACUCUUCUACGGCAACGCAGGCUUUCGAUUGCACUUCCCAGCGCAGUUUGAGCGUGUUGGAGACCAGGGGCCUCUGGGAGAGCGAGGGGGGAUGGAGCGGCUCGAUCAGCAGCCCCAGCAGCCAGCACGCAGCAUAGAGGUCUGCAUUGGACAGAAACUCCAACUCAUCGGAGACCAGUUCCACCAAGAACACCUUCAAGUGUAUCACCGAAACCAAAGGAACAUGAGGCCCUUGUGGAGGCGCCUGGCCUCGGCUCUGCUCACCCUGCUGUUUGAGCAGGAGGCCAUCGCUGGAGGGGGGAGAGCAGGGUGGAGGUGAUGGAGAGGACCAGCCCAGCACAGACUACCCCUCUCCCACAGGAACUGGACUCCUAAUGGCACUGUCAAAUCUAACACGGGUCUGUUGGGGAAAAAUAACAAAAGAGAAAAGGUCCCCGCGGGACGGAGACAACCAUUUUUUACGAGGUCGUUUUUUUCCAAGAAGAUGCCAUGUUGUUUCACGAGAUUCCUCUACUGGACAAUGUCCUUAUUUUGGUAAUUGUUUGAUGUAGUAUUUUGUACAGUACAUUAUUCCUGUUGAAUUUGUUUGCACUUCCGUAUGUGUACAUCUUGAAUGGCCUCCAUGGUCCCGGGAACGCCUUGUCAAUGUCUUCUACCACAACCCAAUGACUGUUGACAAGAACCAAGCAGAAGAAAGAAAGAUAUGGAGGGAUCUGAAGAAGGGAAAAAAGAGUGGUUCAUGGGGUUUUCUUUUCUGAAGUUUCCAGGAAAUAAUUGGUCAAACUUGAUAACUUAGUAAUUUCCAAAGAUGCAGUCUCUCAGAACAAAGCAUUUUUCACCUCAACUUUCUCCUCAAUGGGGUUGUCUAUACUAUUAUAUUACAUGUUGAUUAUUCUUUGCUCUUCCAGUCACUUUUAUUGUUUUGAUUUCAAUAAUUGUUGUUUUUCCCAUUGUCAUCAAAAAUAAUGAAACAUCCAGUGGCUUCCGAUGUGGUAAAUGCCACUUUGUGGUGUGAUACUCCUUAGGACCCCCCCACCCCCCUUCAACAGCACACCCAACCCAAAACAUCUACCGCAGCCAUGAUACAUCAUACAACUUCCAAAGCAAAAGUGGAUCCCACGAGUUACUCAGAGAGAACACCAGAUUUUCAAUCAUAGUUUAUUUCAGAGUUAUCUUUUACUAAUUUCAUAAAUCCCCAAACUGGACCCCAGUCAUUGUAAGAGAGAGUGUGCUGAUCAUUUUUGUGUCUUAAGACUACCAGGCCCUUCAAGUGGAGCUAUGUAUCCACACUGUUUGCACUAUAGUACAUCAGUCAGGAGUAGAUUAGGUUACAAAGCCAACCUCUGUCAUUUAAUGAAGGUUUUUAACUGUAUCUGAUUUGUAAUGGUAACAUUACAAUGUUUUCAAUCACAUGACCAAGUUAUAUCAUCCCAGGAAGUGACUGAAUAUGGCAUGUUAUUAUUAUAAUAAAACAUCUGAGGUACAAGUGAUGCUGGUUAAAUGAAUGCCUCGUUGAAAUUCCACUGUUUUUUAGCCCUCCAAUCGAUGUGCUCUCUAACCCACUGUCAGAGAUGCACUUGUAUUCUGGACACCAAAACAAACAUGUGAAACAACAACA